UUGCCUCUGCGUCGUUCCCAUUCGACAAGAGAGAGAGAGAGAGAGAGAGAGAGAGAGAGAGAGAGACCGAUCGAGAUCGGGUCAUCGCCAUGGAUCCUUACAAGUACCGACCUUCGAGCAACUACAACUCCCCCUUCUGGACCACCAACUCUGGGGCUCCUGUUUGGAACAAUAACUCCUCACUCACCGUCGGAAUCCGAGGUCCUAUUCUUCUUGAGGAUUACCAUCUCGUUGAAAAGCUUGCCCAGUUUGAUAGAGAGCGCAUUCCUGAACGCGUUGUUCAUGCCAGGGGAGCAAGCGCAAAGGGCUUCUUUGAGGUUACCCAUGAUGUCUCUCACCUGACCUGUGCUGAUUUCCUCCGUGCACCAGGAGUACAAACCCCUAUCAUCGUUCGCUUUUCAACUGUUAUUCAUGAGCGUGGGAGUCCUGAAACCUUGAGAGACCCACGAGGUUUUGCAGUGAAGUUUUAUACAAGAGAGGGCAACUUUGAUCUGGUGGGCAACAACUUCCCUGUGUUCUUCAUCCGUGAUGGGAUGAAGUUCCCCGACAUGGUCCAUGCUCUCAAACCAAACCCAAAGUCUCACAUUCAGGAGAAUUGGAGGAUUCUUGACUUUUUCUCUCACCACCCAGAGAGCUUGCACAUGUUUUCUUUCCUCUUUGAUGAUGUUGGUGUUCCCCUGAACUACAGGCACAUGGAUGGUUCUGGUGUGCACACCUUUACUCUUCUCAACAGGGAAGGAAAAGCUACAUAUGUUAAGUUCCACUGGAGGCCAACAAGUGGUGUGAAGUGUUUGUUGGAGGACGAGGCUGUGACAGUAGGAGGAAACAACCAUAGCCAUGGCACUCAGGAUCUUUAUGAUUCCAUUGCUGCUGGAAACUACCCGGAGUGGAAGCUCUUCAUUCAGACCAUGGAUCCUGAGCAUGAGGAUAGGUUUGAUUUUGACCCACUCGAUGUCACCAAGACAUGGCCAGAAGACAUCUUUCCUCUGCAGCCAGUUGGGCGCAUGGUCUUGAACAAGAACAUUGAUAACUUCUUCAACGAAAACGAGCAACUUGCCUUCUGCCCAGCAAUCAUAGUGCCUGGAAUCUAUUACUCAGAUGAUAAGCUACUUCAGACCAGAAUUUUCUCUUAUUCCGACACCCAGAGGCACCGUCUUGGACCAAACUAUCUGAUGCUUCCAGUAAAUGCUCCCAAGUGUGCUCAUCACAACAACCACCAUGAUGGAUUUAUGAACUUCAUGCACAGGGAUGAGGAGGUGAACUACUUCCCCUCCAGGUAUGAUCCUGUUCGACAUGCAGAGAGGUUCCCAAUCCCAUCCUCUGUUGUUACUGGAAGGCGUGAGAAAUCUAUCAUCAACAAGGAGAACAACUUUAAGCAGCCUGGAGAGAGAUACCGCUCUUGGGCUCCUGAUCGCCAAGAGCGAUUCGUCCAUAGAUGGGUUGAUGCGUUAUCUGACCCUCGGGUGACACAUGAAAUAAGGGACAUAUGGAUUUCCUACUGGUCUCAGUGCGACAAGUCUCUUGGUCAGAAGAUCGCAACCCGUCUUAAUGUAAAACCAACCAUGUGAGGUGCUGCCAAUUAUGGUCAAGAAUAAGCUUUGAAACUGCACUACUGAGAAUUGGAAUGGUGUCCAGAUGAAACUGAUGUUAAAUGUAUUUGUACUGAGUACAUCCGAGUAUGAUCCAUUUAUGACAGAUCUGGUAUUAUAAUGUACUGUUGAGUCUUCCUAUCCUACUAUCUACAUAUCAUGUUCUUUAUAAUAUGAUAUCUCGAUAUGUGUAUCAAUUGCCAAACUAUGCCUGCUUCUU